AUAUCACCCGGAAUCGAUCAGUUGAAUGGAAUCAAAUGGGAUUUAGCUCUUUGUCUGGCCAUUAGUUGGAUUAUUGUCAUCCUUUGCCUCCUUAAAGGAGUAAAAACAAGUGGAAAAGUAGUAUAUUUUGCAGCAACUUUUCCCUACGUUAUCCUAAUCUCACUGUUAAUCGCUGGUGUCGUACAAGAGGGUGCCUGGGAAGGAAUCAAAUAUUUUAUUGUGCCUCAAUGGGAUAAACUAUUGGAAAUCAAGGUAUGGCAGGCAGCAGCCGGACAAAUGUUCUUUAGCUUAAGUGUAGCCAUGGGAGGGCUUAUUAUGUUUAGCAGCUAUAAUGACUUUCGGCACAACAUUUUCCAAGAUGCUAUGAUUGUCAGUGUUUUGGAUACAAUCACUUCAAUAAUCUCCGGAUUAGUUAUAUUCUCAGUGUUGGGGGCAAUGGCACACGAUUUAGGACCAGGUGUGAGCGUGACUGAUGUGGUCAAAAGUGGCCCUGGUCUAGCAUUUGUCACAUAUCCUGAGGCACUGACUCGACUCCCAUUCCCACAAGUUUGGUCCGUUCUCUUCUUCUUUAUGUUGUUUACAUUAGGUCUC